AGCCAGCUUGUUAACCCCUAAUAACCCCAACAACCAAAACACAACCCAGACGCCACAUACCGGAACUGCUCAAACUGGUCCAGCGACUCUGCAAAGUGUGCCGAGGUUAUCUUGUCAUGUAGACCAUCUUGGUUUAAGGUUUUCCGAGUCUGGACUUCUCUCUAACUAGACCAGGGACUGCACUUUUCACUGAUGCACACAACAUGCUGAGUCUGCUGUACAGAGUGCUGCAUAAAGCACGAAUCAAGAUGCGACGCAAGAUCGGCCAGUACGGCAUGACUCCCUUCGUUACAUUCCUCGCCAUUGUUGCACUGACAAUCUACGCCGUCUACCCGUCGCUACGGGACACGACAGUCCGGGACAAGCCGGCGACGUUUCGUAACAACAGGUUUGACAUCCGACAAGUCACUCAUGCAAUAACUACCACCACCGAGGAUGUCUUCAAGAAAGGACACGAAGGGUUUCUCAAGAAACUACUCUUAAGAAAACGACAAGGGCAAAGUAUGGAGGGACAUAGCAAGAAGGAGGAACCCCAGCAUUCAGGCUGUAGACGACCUGAACUUGAACUUUAUACGCCAGAGAUCGAACACUGGUUUCACGAGGUGGAUCCGCUGAAGUGCGAUGAGGAUGGGCGCCGAGAACUGAUCUACUUCCAGAACGAUGUCAUCAAAAUGGACCUGGACGUUCUUCAGGAGAUGAGGAAGGAUUUUGAUGAAUUCAUCUGCAUAUUCCGCUCCCUGUACCGGAGAGAUGAAGACUACACACAUUUUGAUCAUGAGCAAAUCAUCAACAUCACUGACUCAACUAAAGCAGUGAUGGACUUCAACAUAGACACAGAUUUCUUUGAGAUCACCUGUGGGGAGAACCCGCGUCAUCACGACUACACGGACGGUUACCUCUAUAACGUACCAAACACGGACAGCUCCAAAAACGUAACAGAAACUGCCGACACUCUGUUUGGAGAUGAUCAAGACAACGAGACAAAAAUUCUCAGAAAUCUUUUAGAAAGGUCAGAUAGAGAUGAAGAUGAUGCGGGAGAUGAAGAGGAAGACAAUGAUGAUGAUGAUUAUUCUAUAAGGUAUCGUCGCUAUAAUUAUCAUGACUAUGAUGAUUACGAUUACACAUCUCUGAGAGAUGUUGCGUAUGAAAUGCUGUAUUCGCACAUCCAUCCCAAGCCGACGGUUUUCGACGACGCGAAAACGAAACCGUUGACAGAGACAUCUCUGGGAUUAAACGUUCUGAUGUUUGGAUUCGACUCGACAUCUAGGCUGAAUUUUAUCCGCAAACUUCCAAAGACUUAUAAAUACAUGACCGAAAUCCUUGGCAGUGUUGUAUUGACGGGAUAUAAUAUUAUCGGUGAUGCCACGACAGCGGCAUUAAUUCCGAUGCUGACAGGGCAGACAGAAAUGGAGUUACCGGAGGUGCGUAAGAACCAAGACAUUUCGCACUCUGUGGACAUAUACCCGCUAGUGUGGAAGGAAUUCAAGAAGAAUGGCUACGCGACGCUCUUUGCAGAGGAUCAACCCACGAUGAGCGUGUUUAACCUAAGGUUGAACGGAUUCGACAAACAGCCAACCGACCACUACAUGAGACCCUUUUGGCUGGAAGUGAGCUAUUCCGAGUUAGACAAGGGACGUUGUCUGGGUUCGAAACCCAAACACGACGUCAUGCUUGAUUACCUGAAAGACUUUCAGGAAAAAUAUAAAGACUUGCGGAGGUUUAGUUUUGGAUUUUUCAGUGACUUGAGUCACGGUGACAUCAACCCCCUUGCUUACGCAGACGACAGUAUGCUACAGUUCUUACAGUCUCUAUACAGGGAGGGGUACUUAAAGAACACUAUGCUAAUCCUUUUUGGCGACCACGGGGCCAGAUACGGUAAAAUUCGCUCAACAUUCCAGGGUAGACUGGAGGAAAGACUUCCGUUUAUGUCGAUAACGUUGCCGACAGAAUUUCAAAAGGAGUAUCCGGAAAUCGCACAGAAUUUACAAAGCAAUGCAGCUAAGUUGACUACACCGUUCAACAUACACAGCACCUUGUUGGACAUACUGAACUACAAGUCGGGGAUUGCGUACCCGUACAGAGGCCAGAGUUUAUUCCGGGAGAUUCCGGGGAACAUGACGUGUACAGAGGCGGGGAUCGACACCCAUUGGUGCACAUGUAUGGAGUGGGAGGAGUUAGACACCAGCCAGGACCAUGUGGUCCAGGCCAGCAAGGCUGUAGUGGACUUCAUUAAUGAGCAGACCUUACCCUAUAGGAGUCUGUGCUCCCAGUUGGAUGUUGGCACCAUCAAAAGAGCAGACCUGGUCACAGCCAACGAGCAGGUCUUGAGGUUCAACGGCACUCGGGACGAAGACCAACGGCUGCCCAGGUUCGGUCACGAGGUGCACGUAAAGAAAGCAGAUAUUCAGGUACACAUAACUUUUUAUUUUAUUUUGGUAUGUACUGAAACCAUCCACUUUCAGGUUAUUAUUGAGACGUCCCCCAGCAAUGGGCUGUUGGAAGCCACAGUAACCGUAUCCUUUGAGCACCAGUCGUACACGUUACAGGGUAUCAGCCGGAUAAACAAGUACGGCGACCAGCCGCACUGCAUCAUGGACCUGAACCCAAACAUACGACAGUUCUGUUACUGCAAGAGUCAGCCCGCUCUUCGCAAAAAGAGAUAAACUGUUUGCUAGAACAUUUUGUAAAAGUUCUACCUUUCCAACAGUUUAGUUCAGUUCAGUUCAGUAUGCAGUAUGUAGGCCGUGGCCUGGCUGCAGUACUGGCACGGAAUGCUAUGAUGAUGAUGAGUAUGCAGUACCAUAAUUUACACAGUAUAUCUUUAAGAUUGUCACCAAAAUUUUUUACAGGAACAUUGGUGUUGUAACAGUUACUGUAACCAUAACUUCAAUGGCUGCAUUUACCUAAUCUCCAAGCAGAUUCCUCCGGUGGCAUUAAAACAGUAACAUAAGCUGGGGAAGGACUUCAGCUGGCAGAGGGGAAAAUUGGCCACCUCGGUGGCAAAUAAUCCUCCCUUGCCGGCUAAUUCCUUCCCCAGCUUAUGUUACUGUUUUAAUGCCACCGGAAGAAAAUGCUUGGAGAUUAGCAUUUACCAUGACUGUCUUCCUAAGGCCAUGUUGGUUUGAUUGAAUGUAUGGAUGACAUCCUCUGGGAACCCCAAAUUGGUUUGUAGAAAAAAAGUUGCUAUUAUCAUGAAAUCUAAGUACUAAGGUUGAAGAAAUGACUAUAAAAUCAGAUGCAUCGAGUAUGGCUUCCAUUCUGGGUUCUUUCAUUAAUUUUGUUUGAUAACAUCUUCUCCUUUGGCCUUGGAACUGACUCUUUCAUUCAAUGAGACUAGUAUCUGUUUUACAAUAUUUUUUCAACUUAUGUCACAUAUUUGUUCAUUUUGUAGCUGCUUUAAUUUGUACAAUUCACAGUAUGAUAGAAAACUUUUUUAAAGCAAAAAUUUAUGCAUGCAUGGAUGUCUUUCAUAUAACAGAAUCAGCAUAUUCUAAUGCUGAAAAAGUGAAGCCAUUGUGUAUAUAGAAUGCUUGGUUUGUAACGCUAGUUCACCUUUAUCUGCGGGGUAACCUAUAUC